UUGCUCUUUGACAAGACACAAAUAUUUUUAACCCCACCUACCAAUUUUUGGUAGUUUGUCCUAAGUUCUGAAGAAGUGGUGAAGGGAAAUAUUUGUGUCCGCAACACGCGUGACUUUUAUUUAAAUAUUUUCUUUUUUUUUUAAUCGCCUUAGUUUAUUGAUUUUACUGGAUUCUGGAUGAGUAAGCGUGAUAUACUCCUAUAUUAUUGUCGUAUUUCGCCUGACUUAACAUUUCUUUUUCGGCAUCUAUGUGACGUACCUAUAAUGUAAAUUGUAUAUAGUAUAGCAUACAUUUGAAUGUUAUAUUUUCUAAUGUCACCCAUGUGUGUGAUUUAAUUUUCUAUAUUUAAUCGCACUAUGAUUUCGUGAUGCAGGAAACAAGAUACAAUUCAAAGGGACCAUGGGUUCUCCACCCUUGUCCGUGGCUGAGUUGGAGUAGUCCAAAAUCGAUGAAGUGGACUUCUACCACGUGUCGUUGGCGGAUGGCUUCAACCUGCCGAUCAGAAUCCGGCCUGACCCGUUUUCGCCGUCCAUAAUAAACGACACCAACUGCCGGCCAGCCGACUGUGUAGCCAACCUGAACACCAGAUGUCCGGCCAAACUGGCGGUCAAGGGGACCGUUGGCUCGGGCGCGUUGGCGUGCAAGAGUGCCUGUUCGUUGUUCAACACCAAUUCCGACUGCUGCCACGGUGUCUACACCACCCCGAACACCUGUAACAGAAGAUCGUGGCCCAAGAACUAYCCGGCAUCAUACUUUAAGUCAGCCUGUCCGUACGCCUACGGUUACCCGUUCGACGAUACGUCCAGCACGCAUGCGUGUCAAGGAAAUGCGUUAACUAAGUAUCACAUCUUAUUUUGCCCUUAAGCCUUAAGCCACUUGUUGUGUAGAUAUAUAUUAGGUAUUGUGUUUAUGUACAUUCGAGGCAGGUUUUUUUUUAUUAAUAUUUU